AACCAAGGCCUAAAACAGCCCAAAAAGGCAAUCAAACUGCGCUGUAAAACUAGAAGAGAAGAAAGCUUACACCCAAAGUUCAGCCAUGGCGGGUUCCGAUCCAAACAAGUUGAUGACCAAAGCCGAUAAACUAACAAGGCUCAGUCUUACAAGGUGGAGUGCAGAUUGGAAAAGUGCUACUCUUCUGUAUGAACAAGCUGCUAAUGGGUUUAGGAUUGCCAAGGAUUAUGAGAAAGCAAAGGAAGCAUUGGAAAAAGCAUCAAAAGGACAAGAAUUGAUCUCUUCACCCUGGGAUGCUGCAAAGCAUAUGGAGUCAGCUGCUGCUUUAGCAAAGGAGUUGGGCAAAUGGAAUGAAGUUGCUGAUUUUUAUAGAAGGGCAUCUGAAUUGUACGUUGUGUGUGGGAGAUCACAACCUGCAUCAGAUGCUCUUGCGAAAGGGGCCCGAGCUCUGGAAGAUUCUGUUCCUGAUGAAGCUAUUCAACUUUACACUGAUGCUUGUGUUCUUCUUGAAGAUGAUGACAAGGAUCAAAUGGCCUUUGAUCUAUAUCGUGCUGCCACUAGUGUUUAUAUAAAACUUGAGAAGUACACAGAUGCUGCUGCUUUUCUGUUGAGAUGGGGCUUAGCAGCUGAUAAGUGCAAUGCUACCAAUAGCCAAUGCAAGGCAUAUCUUAGUGCAAUAAUUGUUUACCUCUAUGUUCAUGACAUCAAGCAAGCAGAAAAAUGCUACAACGAUUGCUCCCAGGUUGACACCUUUUCUAGAAGUGAUCAAUGCCGUUUUGCUAGUAAACUUUUUUCUGCUUACACAGAAGGUGACGUUGAAGAAAUUAAACGGCUUUCUCAGUCAAGCACGGUUAAUAAUCUUGAUCACAUGGUCAUCAGGCUCGCCAGGAAACUGCCUACAGGUGAUGUGAGUGCACUGAAGACCCGUGCUUCCGACGAGCAAGAAGAACCACUGGAUGAAGAUGACCUUACAUAGAUUGCCCCAUAUACCUUAUAAUGUGUUGAUUUUGGUACAUUAAUAUACAAUGAAAGAGAGCUUGUUUUGUAAACAUGUAAAAACAACACUCAUCACUCUUUGGAACACUUUGUAAUCCCAGUUUUUGAUCUUUGCAUUUCAUGCUCCAAAAUCUUUUGGAUGAUGAAAAACUGAACCAGAAUCUUAUAGGAUCUUCCAAUUGAUCCA